UGUGCCAAGGCCUCCGGCUUUAAGAAGCCCUCGCUAGGAGCCGCGUCCCAGAGGAAGAAAGCCAGUCCCAAGCUGGAGCUCACGGAGGAGCAGAAGCAGGAGAUCCGGGAGGCUUUCGACCUGUUUGACACGGACGGCACCGGGAACAUUGAUGUUAAGGAGCUAAAGGUGGCCAUGAGAGCACUUGGGUUUGAACCUAAAAAAGAAGAGAUCAAGAAAAUGAUAUCAGAUAUCGAUAAAGAAGGAACAGGAAAAAUCGGCUUCAAUGACUUCUUGGUAGUGAUGACACAGAAAAUGGCCGAAAAAGACUCCAAAGAAGAGAUUCUCAAGGCUUUCAAACUCUUUGAUGACGAUGAAACUGGCAAAAUCUCUUUCAAAAACCUCAAACGUGUCGCCAAAGAACUGGGGGAAAAUCUCACAGAUGAAGAGCUGCAGGAAAUGAUCGAUGAAGCAGAUAGAGAUGGGGAUGGGGAAGUGAACGAGCAGGAAUUCCUGCGGAUCAUGAAGAAGACCAGCCUUUACUGAAACAGUUGUAUUUAUUUUUGCACAUGUCUGUCUAUGUUUGGUAGGUGCCUCACUUUUUUACAGUCUUUUAUUUCUUUUGAGA